UACACUUACUCUCGUUCAUAUCAGCAUUUAACAAUGGACUGCUUACAGAACAUGAAGUUCUUCGAAGAAGAGGAGGAAGAAGAAGAAGAAGCGUACACUGUUGAUGGAAGUGUUGAUUGGCGAGGUCGAUCGGCAGUCAGGGCUAAGUCUGGAACAUGGAUUGCUGGAAUUAUCAUACUCUUGAACCAAGGUCUGGCAACGCUAGCAUUAUUUGGGAUUGGAGUGAACCUCGUACUGUUCCUGACAAGAGUGUUAGACCAAACCAAUGCUGAUGCUGCAAACAACGUAAGCACGUGGACUGGAACUGUUUACCUCUUCUCUCUUGCGGGAGCAUUUCUAAGCGAUUCUUAUUGGGGAAGGUACAAAACCUGUGCUGUUUUUCAAGUCAUCUUUGUAAUGGGUUUGGGAUCCUUGUCGCUGUCAUCAUACCUGUUCUUGAUCAGACCAAAAGAUUGUGGGAAAGAGUCAAUACAAUGUUGGGAACAUUCAAGGUUGGAGAUUGCCAUGUUCUACAUCUCAAUCUAUCUCAUUGCUCUAGGAUAUGGAGGGUAUCAACCAAAUAUAGCAACAUUUGGGGCUGAUCAGUUCGAUGGAGGGUACUCUAAAGAGAGAAACUCAAAGGUAGCCUUCUUCAGUUACUUCUAUCUAGCACUGAACCUAGGUUCUCUGAUCUCGAACACAUUUCUCGUAUACUUUGAGGAUGGAGGUUUGUGGGCUGUCGGGUUCUGGGUUUCUACUGGAGCUGCUUUUGCUGCGUUAGUGUUGUUUAUGGUUGGCACUCCAAGGUACAGGCACUUUAAACUCAGAGGGAAUCCUUUCUCCAGACUCUGUCAAGUGCUUGUUGCUGCAUCACUUAAGUGGAGAGCCAAAGUACCACCCAAUGGGGAGGGUUUGUAUGGCAUGGACGACAAGGAUUCUAAUCACAAUGGCAACAAAAAGAUUCUCCGCCCCCAUGGCUUCAAAUGCUUGGAUAGGGCAGCACUUAUAUCAACAAGAGAUCUAGAAGACAAGAUCAGUGGAGGCCUUUACAACCCCUGGCGUGUUUGCCCCAUCAUUCAAGUAGACGAAGUGAAAUGUGUAUUAAGACUAAUUCCAAUAUGGCUUUGCACCAUUAUGUACUCAGUGGUUUUCACACAAAUGGCUUCCCUCUUUGUUGAGCAAGGCGCUGCCAUGAAAACCACUAUAUCUGAUUUCAGAAUACCACCGGCAAGCAUGUCGAGCUUUGACAUCCUCAGUGUUGCUUUCGUCAUCUUCCUCUACCGACGUGUUAUCAAUCCACUUGUCCAGAACCUCAAACAAUUCCGUUCCAAGGGACUCACUGAGCUCCAGAGAAUGGGGAUUGGCCUUAUUAUAGCAGCAAUGGCAAUGGUUUCAGCUGGUAUGGUAGAGUUUUAUAGGCUCAAGUAUGCAGAACAAGGCUUCCAAAGCUCUUUGAGCAUCUUCUGGCAAGUCCCUCAGUAUGUACUGAUAGGAGCGUCUGAGGUUUUCAUGUAUGUGGGGCAAUUGGAAUUCUUCAACGCUCAAACCCCGGAUGGAUUAAAGAGCUUUGGGAGUGCAUUGUGCAUGACAUCAAUGUCACUUGGGAACUAUGCGAGUAAUUUAAUAGUCAGCAUAGUUAUGAGCUUAUCCUCUAAAAACCACAAGCCUGGAUGGAUUCCUGGAAAUCUAAACAAAGGUCAUCUAGACAGGUUUUACUUCCUUCUAGCUGCAUUGACAACCUUAGACUUGGUCGUUUAUAUUGCUUGUGCAAAGUGGCAUAGUUAUAUACAUUUGCAAGCCAAACGUGAAGAGAAGGAUGCAUCAUGCUCCUUCCAAGUCUAAUUUUCCAAUGGACAAUUAAAGGCAACGGUAACAACAAUCUUGGAAAUAGUUUGUG